UCUAUUCAUCAUACUAUUAAGUCGGAAACUCGUGGUGAUUAUUACCAAACGAAGCAUUGAUUUGACUGCUGCAUAUUCGUCAAAUAUGGAGGAACGAUUGCCAARAGACGUGUUGCCACAGGAGUAUUUAAUUAAUUUCUAUAUAAACUAUGAGGAGAAGCGUUUUAAUGGUAACAUGACUAUGAAGUUAAAAUGGGAAAAUGAUACARAAAGGAUUGCSUUCCAUUCACAUCGCGAUCUUCACAUCCGUGAUCGGUCUAUUGAUUUACGAAAAUGUUAUACUGAUGACAGGAAAAAUAUAUUGGAAGAUAUUUCAGUUGCACGUAUUAGCAAGUCCUACAAGAAAUCUAUUUGUACACUUCACUUAAAUAGCUUCAUAAGACGAGGAUCACAUUGUGAGCUGUAUAUGGAGUUUGAAAGUCAUAUUUGGACGAAAGCAGAAGGAUUAUUUUAUGGCAGCUACAUUGGUGAUAACAAAAACAAACAGAUUCAUUACAUCGCCACUAAUUUGUAUCCGAAUAAUGCGAGAAGAUUAUUUCCUUGUUUCGAUGAACCAGAAUUUAAGGCAAAUUAUAAAAUUAAUAUUCAUAUUUACAUUAGAAUUAGUGCAAAUAUUUUAAUUUACCUUUUCGUGCUGCAAAUGCCCAUCGUCUAAAAAACUGUAGUCUUUAAAAUAACUAAAAGUUCAACAACUCCCUAACCACAAACGUUACAAGAGUACUUUAGUGUACUUGGUGCUUGAAUGACUCCACAUCUUAUAAAUUUGUAUAC